AUGCACACCAAGUACAAACCUGCUAGUUCAUCACAUCCGCCUCGAGCCAUUGAACUUGGAAGUGGCAUAGGCUUGACUGCACUGGCACUGAGUUCUCUUGGUUGGGAUGUACUCGCCACGGACAUUUCGCAUGUGAUCUCUUCUGUUCUCGAGAAGAACAUCAAGAACAACCUUCCAGCUCUCCCAAUGGGUUCUGGAUUGAUCCAAAUGAGAGAGCUUGACUGGUCAGUCCCUCCAGAUAAAUGGACAUGGGAUCAUGAGCUUGCAGUUGCAUCGCCGUCCGCCCUGCCGCCCGCGGGAGGAUCUUCGGCCCUACUGCGCCCACCUUUCGAUCUUAUUUUCUCCGCAGACACGGUCUACGCGACUGAACUAGUUGAACCUAUGUUACGCACUCUUCAUGCACUAAGUACAAUGUCGGCUUCGAUGUCUGGUCAUCAUUUCCCGCCAAUCUUACUUUGCAUCGAACGCCGCGAUCCCCAACUUGUUGACAGUCUUCUAGCGAGUGCCAAGGACAAAUGGAAUUUCUCAGUGGAAAGGAUUCCACAUAAGAAGAUUGUCAAAGCCGUGGAGAAAGGUGUUCAAUGGGACCGAGCGGAAUGGGAGGACGUUGAAAUUUGGAAACUCAGGUUGCAUGAAUCGCGAUCUUGA